AUGUUAAACGACAAACUACAAACACAACUACAACCACUACGAGGGUCACUACCACAACAAAGUCAGCUAAUGAUUAGAAUAGUCAAUCCAUACUCACGUACAGUUUGCAGUAGGCUCAUAAGGCCCAUGCGUAAUUAUAGUACUACGCCCAAGAAUACAACUAAAUUUGAACCUAUUAUUGAGUCGAGUAAGGAAAUAUUAAAAAAAGUGGCUACAGAAGACACUAAAGAGUCAACCAUAGUAUUGAAAACAUUAAGAUAUGCAGGAGGGUUUUCUGUGAUUGUAGUGAUAUGCUCCAUUAUGUGGGCCAGUGCACUUGAAGAGCCACGGCCUGAAAUUGAACCAACAGUUGUACUUAAUUUACGGAAGGAUGUUAGAGAGUAA